AUGAAUGUAAAGAGCAGGUUCCUUCGGAUUAUAAAGAAGUGUAAUAUAUUCAAGAAGUCCUCGUCUAGCAAGAUGAAUAGCAACAACAAGGGAAAGGAAUUGGAGGAGGUUGAUGUUUCCAACUCAAUCACAUUACCCUAUGAGGUUAUAUUACAUAUAUUCAAGUUCUUGGAUUUACAUGAUAUAUGUAAACUUAGAUUGGUCUCUAAGACUAUGUUGAAGAUAUCAUCCGAGUAUUCGAUAUGGAAGAAGUUCAUGAUCCAUUUGAAGACCUACAACAAACCACCUCCAAGAGUAUGUCACACAGCUGUCGUACACAAGAAUCACAUGUACAUCUAUGGUGGACAUCUUCCAGACAGUCACAACUUUAUCAAAGAUGUCAAGAGUGAUCUACAAGAGUUCAACUUUGAUCGCAGGAAAUGGACAAAGAAGUCUACGAAGGGUCUGGCUUUGCCAGAGAGGACUGAACAUUGUGCUGUAGUGUACAGGGACUCAAUGUAUAUAUUUGGUGGAUAUUCGGUGGCUCAUACAUACUAUGAUGUGGCAUUGUACAGAGUGAACUUGGAGACAUUUGAAGUGACUUCAAUAGCUGGCAAGGGACAACUACCACCUGGAAGGUCUGCACACAGUGCCGUCGUAUGGAAGGACUACAUGUAUAUAUUUGGUGGAUGGAAUGGAAGUGAUUCAAACAACUCAUUCUAUCGAUUCAAUUUCUUGAGCGAAGAAUGGUCUGAGGUGCCAGCAACGGGCACACCUCCACCGCGAAUAAGGUCACACUCUUGUGUUCAACAUGAUGACUUUAUGUAUGUUGUUGGAGGUUAUGGACCGGACGGUCACACACCUUACCCUUUCAGCUAUGACUUGAUCAACGAUGUGUGGACGCCGUUGAUCGAUGGCAAGUCUGGUCCGUGUGCCAGGUCUAGGAUGAGAUCGAUCGUCUUUGGUAACAGUCUAUGGUGCUUGGGUGGAUGGGAUCGUACGCGAUACUACAACGAUCUCUGGCGAUUCAGUUUCGAGUCGAGGACGUGGACCAAGAUGGACAUUGACUUUGAUCUCACAGGCAUUGGACAGUACUCAAUGGUGCUGCAUAACAAUCAACUUUACAUGUAUGGAGGAUACAAUCCAGAGUGUUCAUCGCCUCAGACCGAUAUAUACACUUACAUCGUUGGCAAUCCUGGUCUUGCCGAUGCCGAGGUCAUGGCAUUGGAGAAGAUAUACGACGAGGAGACUUCGUUGUCAUCGUCGUCAGAGGAGUAUACACUCACCUCUUCAUUAUCAAGGAGCAAGAUGCGUUGUUCGCUUGAGACUGGCAGCACUUCAUCAUCUUUCAGUUCAUCCUCCUCUUCCUCAUCUUCUUCUUCAUCAUCCAAAGGUAGUGAAGCAGACAGUGCUGCCUCUACUACUCCUAUAGUAUCAAUGGACAUUGAUGGGCCUGACAAGGUUGAUGUUAUUGAUCUGCCACGUUCCAGGGGUAGUAGUAGUAGUGGUGUCGGAGUGCCAUCCAACUAG